CAUGACCCCUUUAUUUGUCCCCGUGAUCAAUUUUAGGAAAUUCAAAAAUAAUUACGCGCAAUGGCUAAUGUCGAAAUUAAAGUUGACAUACAAGAAAGUUCUCUUGAUAACAGCGCCGACAGCGAAUACAUUUCCAUGGUAGAUGAUCAUGAGGAACAUUGCGAUGCAGACGAAAGAUCUCAAUUAGCAUCACAAUCAUUCUUGGAUACAAACGAAAAUAAUUCCUACAACUUCAGAGAUCUGUCUGGCAAUGUGACAUACAAAUUUGUCCAAAUGGCAGGAGAAGAACAAACUAAUAAUAUAAAUUCCCAUUCUCCAUCACACAAUGCUGAAUACUAUGUUAUAAGCAAUCCUAUUGAAGUAUUUGGGACACCCACACAGAAAAAAGGCAAUCAUAGGGACCCAUUGCAAACCAAAGCUGUAACUGCAAAAAAGCGAGAUGACAAAAGGCGAGCGACACACAAUGAAGUGGAGAGACGACGUCGGGACAAAAUCAAUAGUUGGAUCACAAAACUGGCAGCCCUUGUGCCAAACUCUGGCCUGCCGGACUCGGCCAGCAAGGGGGGAAUAUUAGCAAAGGCCUGCGACUAUAUAUCAGAUUUAACAGAAAGACAAAAGAUCUUGGAAAAACUGGAAGUGAAAAACGAGAAAUUAGUGCUAGAAAUUAUAAGACUCAACCAAGAAUUAACAGAAGCGCGUAAAGAAAACGCGUCUAUGCGCAACCAGCUGGCCGACAACUGCAUAGUUGUAUCACAGAGGCCGAAAGGCGAGAAGUCUUAGUUCAUGCUAAGAUGUCACCCGUGUGGUACAUGAACUAUAGUGCUUGUAUACAAACAAAGGUGCUGAUAUAUAAGACUGUGACAUUCCCAUAACGUCACAGUAUUGUCAAAUGUUAUUACGAACUUGUGUGUAGUUCAUUUGUAAUUCAUAAAGGGAUUAACACACGGAGUUUAGCAGUGAAGUGAAUACGGAUGCAGCAAACGUUCGAAAACCCGAUCAAUAGUGCGGCGCCGCAUAAUAUGUCCAGUGGAAUGGUAUUUAUUAACUCUAAAUAUUAAAUAAUGAAGAAAACUUUAGUUAUAUAUGCCUGGCAUAUUGAACAUGUGAAAAAUAUAUAUGUAAGUCUGGGGAACCGAAAUAAAAAAACUUCAUGUUACGAAUUUAAUUUAGUUAAAUAUAAUAAGAUUUACGGAUCUCUUAGGAAACCGUUCGUGUCGUAUUCCUUCUAGCGUUCAAUCCAUUCAUUCUCUGGUCAUUUCUCGUUGUGUUCCCAUUUCAGACAUAACAUUUACUACAGUUCCGUUACAUACCAUAGACUAGUUUGUUUAAUUUUACAUCUGUAACCCUAAUUACAUAAUGGCAUUUGUUUUACGGAAUAAAAUAUGCAUUCACAAGAAAAAGUUAUCGCAACUAAUUUCGAAGUGUAAAUGGGAAGCGAAAGCGUUAAUGUUUACAAGGUCGACAUUUCAAUAUUGUAGAUCUUUUUUUGUUUAAUGCAAUAGUUUUACACGGUCGGUUGAAGCUAUAGAAACUAAUUCGACGUAAUUCUAAUUAAGUUAUAUAUUCUAUUCUUUUUUUUUAUGGCCAUGACUGUAUAGCGUCGCAUAAUAUUGUGAAGCUCCGUGUGUUAGAUGCCUAAUUAUAGUACAUAUGGUUUUAUCAUGAGAAAAGCACUUGUUAAGCCGGUAAUGAGGUUAAUCAUUAAGUAGAGAUUACUUCAGUUGUAUUUUGAGAUGUUGUAAGAAAAAACUCUACCCAUCUUGGUACUGGACAUGCGUGAAUGAGUGUCCAUAAGCAAAUAAUAAAUCUUGUUUGUAUUUAUUGCUUUGUAUGAUACAUUUGUGUUAUUGUAAACAAAAUGCAAAUAGAAAAGCCCUAUAAUUUGGCCUAAAUGCUUUGUAAAUAAAUUGGGCUAUUUGAUGGCCGCUGAUACACAGUCGAUUGUCGUCAGGUUUCCUGAACGACGCUCCGACUGUAUAACAUUAGCCUAAAACAUUAUUUUUGUUUCAGGAAAUGUUUAUCGAAAAAUAAUAAAUUCAUAUAUGUUUGAACGGCAUACAGCAAUUUAUUAUAUGAUUUGAGAAUAUUAAUAUUUUUUGUUAUGUUGUAAUAACUGAAAUAAAAUUUUACUUUUUAUGAUGUUAUAUCAGUUAAGAAUUGAUGUAGAACAAAAUUAGGCACUAAAUGAUUUUAUAUAAAUCAGCCUUAACUAUGUUACUGUAGUUUUGUAAAUGUGUUAUUGUCUUUUUUAAGUGUUCCGUAUGUAUUGUAUUAAUAUUAUUUAAUGUCGUUUGUAUUUUUGUACAUCGACACCCGAUGUACAGUCAGUUUCAUAAAGCUAUUUGGUGACAAGGUAUUCAAAAUGAUACAAAAAUUUCAAUUCAAUUAAAUACUUUUAAUUAAAACUCAGUAUUUUGGUAUCACGCAGUCACGCCGUGAUCCUGUGUUCAAAAUUAGAACACAUACAAAAUAAUAUAGUACAUAAAAGAAUGAAAGAAAACAUACUUUCAUUGAUGAUUUAUAAUUUUGUUCAAUAUGUAGAAUAUAAAGAAAUGUCAUGUGUAUAUAUAUUUUUUCAAUAUUAAAUUAAAGCAAAUUUAUUCUACAGUUAUUCUGUUAGAUGAUAAGGUAUGAUUUGAUAUAUUAUUAUUAUAUUGUUACAUACUAUGAUAUAUAAAUGCAGCUGACUGUACAAAGCGUAACAAAGGGUUAACAAUCUAAAAUACAAAGUAAUAUUUAUAAAAGUGGAUUGAAACUUUAUAUUGGAAUAUAUGUUUCAUAAGAUUGUAAAUUAAUAUUUCGAUUGCAAAUUUCAAUUCAUGUAAUAAAUUUAAAAGCUUAUACAUUCUUGUUAUACUGAUUACUCCACACUCUAAGAUGAGUGACAGACAACUGAUAAAUCAGAAUAAUUAACAUUCAAAUAGAGGCUUACUGUUAUGCUCUAAUAACAAAAUAAUCAGUUCAAGCGGGAAAUAGUAUGUAACACAAUUGCAGUAUUCAUUAUGUGUUUUUUUAUCGCAAUUUUUGUAUAACAUGUAACUUUAAGAUCCAGUAACAUGUACAUUUGCAAUUUUAUACGACUAGUUAGCAGAAUAAUUAUAGACAAUAAAGCUAAAAUUCACUAAACAGUAACUAAGGUACAGUAAUUUCUAUGUUUUAGGGCAUUCUACUUAAACAUGAGAGUACCUUAUAUGUAUUUAUACAUAGUUCAAAUUAAUAACAGCAAUUGAAAUGUAUAAAUAUAUAAAUAAGGAGAUUGGAAAUGAAAUAAAUGGAAUCAUUAUACAUAUAUAUUGAUGGCUCUGGUAUGAAGAUGAUGUAGUAACUAACACUAAAGGAAUGUAGUUAUCACUUAUUGGAAUGUUUUAAGAUCACUUACUUCACACAUUUUAUAAUGAAAGGUAAACAAAAAGCUGUUUUAAUAUAGAAAAUAUUUCACCUUGGUUGCAUUACAAAAUCCACAAUAAAUAUAGUAAAUUCAACAAACUCCAUACAUUGUAAGUAUUGUAAAUUGUAAGUAGAUAGUUAUAAUUAAGAGUUAUUUGUUUUAUUUGUAUACAAUCGGUUUAUUGCAUUUAAACUUCAUUACUAGGACAUAUAUACAGACUGCUUCAUAAAGUUAUUAAUGAUAUAUGCUCAAUAAUAUGGAAGCAUUUUCUCUAUUGUAUUUAUCAUAUUGUAAA